CGGUGGCGCCAAGACUUCCCGCGUUUGUGCUUUAAGUUGGUAGGUACUCCAGGAAGACCUUGAUUUAGGCAGUUUGUGUGGUAAGGUGAGGAAGCCAGGUCGCCAUCGUCCACAACGUGUCACAGCCACAACUGGUGAAGUGUUUUGUCUUUGGUAAUUUUCAAGAUGGUACGAACACGUGCUGAUGCCGGAGCCACCAAAGUGUCUGCUGCCAAGGCUCCCAGGAAGGUAUUGAGUAAUCCUAGUGGUGCUGGUAUGUCAAGUUCUUCCACUGGUGGCAAGGCAAGCAGCAAGGAUAGGUAUUCUGGAGGUAACAGCUACAACCCUCAACCUACACCAGAGUGGCAGAAAGGCAUCAACACUUUCUUCAAAAUGGCACCUAAACCCCAAGAAGGAGAAAGUAGCACCAACAGUGGAAACAGUAGCAAUAGUACCCCAGUGAAGAGUGAAUCUUCACCAAGCAAGGAGGGAACUUCAAGCAACUUUGCCAAGAAUGGCAUGGUCUCGGAUGAUGAGGAUUAAUUUGGUUUCUACGGUGGAUAUGAUUGAAGUUAUAUUUUUUCUACUCGUAUUAAUCUAUGUUGUUUAGUUUUUACCUUUACAAAUUUAAUGAAAUUUUACGAAUAAAUCUAAUUUUGUUUGAAAAGUGGUACAUAACUGCAUAUAAUGUUCAACAGUGAUUACAUAAUUAAUAGGUGUUUCAGCAGAGCUUCUCUUGCUAAAUCCAAAUGAAACGUCUUACUCCUUAUCUCAUAGCCCCUCUAAAAUGAUUUAGGUUAUUGUGUUGGAUUUGUUGUUGACAUAAGAACCUUGUCAUGUACUGUACAAUGAGUUUUAAUAAUAAAAAUUUUAUUUGUA